ACUUAAGAGCCCUUGUGGAAGGUGUUUAAUAACGUCUGCCUAAAUAAUAUAAAAAAGACAACUGGUCUUCAUUCCCAUAGGUAUAUUCAAGCAGAAUUCUCAUCGCGAGAUUCCCUAAGAAACUCUAUCUGCCGACAUGACAGCAACUACACACCGAGACUUCGGACCUGAUACGGAAGCUCUGGAUGUCGCGAAGGCAUUUAAAGAGCAAAUCCGUGGGAAGACCAUCCUGGUGACCGGGGUAAAUCGCGGAGGCAUCGGCUUCACGACCGCGCAAGCUUUUGCGUCGCAAGCUCCCGCUCACCUCAUCAUCACGGGCCGCAAUCCUGCAAAGAUCCAGGAGUCGAUUGACGCCAUGCGGAGCGAGUACCCGGAUGUCGACUACCGGCCUCUCAAUCUCGACUUGUCGAGUCAAAAAGCUGUGCGCGCCGCGGCGGUACAAGUGCUUGCAUGGGAAGACAUCCCGACAAUAGACAUCGUCGUCAACAGCGCCGGAAUCAUGAACCUUCCCGAGCGGACGCUGAACGAAGACGGGAUCGAGAUGCACUUCGGCACCAAUCACAUCGGCCACUUCCUCUUCGUGAAUCUGAUCAUGCCCAAGAUCCUCGCGGCGGCUAGAAAGAACGCGAGGGGCGCGACGAGAGUCGUGAACGUCACGUCGCUGUCCCCGACCGUGGCCAGGAUGCGCUGGAGCGACAUGAACUUCGAGGUCGCCAACAAGGAUCUGCCAGAGGCCGAAAGGCCACCGUACGAGAUGCUCCGGCAGUGGGGCACGGUCGACGUGGAGAACAAGAAGUACGUGCCCAUAGAGGCGUACAACCAAAGCAAGGUGGCCAACGUGCUGUUCAGUGUCGGCCUGAACGACCGCCUGUACGAGCAGUACGGCAUCCUGAGCUUUGCCGUCCACCCUGGCAUUGUCUGGACGGAAUCGGCGCGCUACGUGGAUGACGCGACGCGGGCGACCAUUCGCGCCUUCGUCGAGCGUCUCGGCAGCAAAACGCUGGGUGCUGGAUCGAGCACGAGCUUGGUCGCCGCCAUGGACGCAAGUCUGGGACCGCCUCGCAAAGCGGCGGGGGGCAAGGACAACCUGGGCGUGUAUCUCGUCGACUGCCAGAUCUCCGACGCGGCGCACCCGCUAGCGGUGUCCAGUUCAGAGGCCGAAAAGUUGUGGGAAAAGAGCGAAGAACUCGUGGGCGAAAAGUUUCGGUGGUAG